GGGCUUUGCUGUUGGCUUGGCUUUCCAGUAUAUAUAUGCUGCUGCCGGCUUAGGUAAGGCAUCAGGCUGAAUCAUCAAGAAAGAAAAAGUGAGCCACCUUGAGUGCUUUUGCUUUUGCCUUUUGCUGCAAUGGUGGGUGGGAAGGAUGGAAUAAUUAGUGGGUUAAACAAAUUAAGAUAAGCAUCAUUAGCCUUCUUCACCUCUAUUCUCUUCCAGCCAGCACCAAAGCCUGCCUUUAUGCGACUAAUUCUUGCUUCAGACCAAAGUGAUUCCCCGCUGAGUUCGCCUCCUCGAGUGUGCUUUUCACUGAUUUCCCGAAGAUAUUGUUCGCUCUAUUCUUCCUCUUCUUCACACACAGAGGAAAAGUUUGUCUUGAUCCUCUCAAGUUUGUCGUUCCUUCCCCGUUGGUCCACUGGUCACCACUGAUUGAAGUGAUCCUGUGGACUUACCGGCCCGUGUUCAGGUGUAGAAGCAGUAUGGUUUUCUGGUGGUGAUUGAACGGUAAUCUUCUAUGAGAUCGACUGAUCAUCAUAGCAAACUGAUUCUUCAAGAUUUAUGAUCACUAUUGGUUCUUACUAUUGACGGGUUUUCCUUGACCAGAGAGUGGUUUGUAAGCUUCCAAUUUCUGCUAUUCUCAGAACAAGUCACCGUGGUGGUUUGGGUUGAUCUCCCUUGCCGAGUUUGUCUGAUUGAUGGCAGCCAUACUUGAAUCGUUGCUUGGAUCAUGUGCCAGUAAGUUGCAGAAUAUCAUUACAGAUGAGGCCAUACUAAUCCUCGGGGUGGAAGAAGAGCUCAGAGAAGUCCUGCGACGAGUAGAACUGAUAAAAUGUUGCAUAUAUGAUGCUGAGAAAAGGAGGACAAAAGAGCUAGCAGUAAACAAUUGGCUUGGCCAACUGAGAGAUGUUAUAUAUGAUGUUGAUGAAAUCCUAGAUGUGGCUAGAUGUAAAGGAAGCAAGAUACUUCCUGAUGAUCCUUCUUCAUCAUCAAGCAAAUCAGCUGCAUGUACAGGCUUCUCAGUUUCCUCUUGCUUUUGUAACAUCUGGUCACGUCAUGAUGUUGCUGUUCGGAUUAGAAGCCUCAACAUAAAGAUAGAAAACAUUUCAAAGGACAAGAUAUUCUUAACGUUCAACAAUUGUACACAACCUGCUGGAAAUGGUCCAACAUCCAAACUGAUAAGAAGUUCCAACCUCGUUGAGCCCAACCUUGUGGGAAAGGAGAUCAUACGUUCUAGCAGGAGGUUGGUGGACUUAGUUCAUUCACACAAGGAAAAUAAGUCUUACAAGCUUGCUAUUGUUGGAACCGGGGGAGUUGGUAAGACAACACUAGCUCAAAAGAUAUACAAUGACAACAAAAUAAAAGGAAGCUUUAAGAUACACGCAUGGAUUUGUGUGUCGCAAGAUUACAAUCAAGUUACUCUUCUGAAAGAGGUUCUCCGUAAUAUUGGUGUGCAUCAUCAGCAAGGUGAAACCAUAGCCGAGCUGCAGAGAAAGCUUGCAGAAGCAAUCAAGGACAAGAGUUUCUUUCUUGUUCUAGAUGAUGUGUGGCAGUCAAAUGUUUGGACAGAUUUAAUAAGAAUUCCAGUAAACGAAACAGCUGCUGGAGUAAUAUUGGUAACUACAAGAGAUGAUCAAAUUGCAAUGACAAUAGGUGUGCAGCAUAUCCAUCGAGUUGAUCUCAUGUCAGUAGAGGUGGGAUGGGAGCUACUUUGGAAGAGCAUGAAUAUUGAUGAAGAGAAAGAAGUGCAAAACCUAAGAAACAUCGGGAUUGAGAUUAUUCGUAAAUGUGGCUGCCUCCCUCUUGUAAUCAAGGUUACCGCUAGUGUUUUGGCAAGCAGAGGUCGUACGGAGAAUGAGUGGAAAAGGUUUUUGGGCAGAUAUGCUGGAUCCCAGAGCAUGCUUUCUGAUGAAAUAGAAAGAGCUAUACGUCUAAGCUACGACGAGUUACCGCAUCGUCUGAAGCAGUGUUUCCUUUAUUGUGCUUUGCAUAUUGAAGAUUCUCUCAUUCGGCGUGGAGAAAUUGUCCGGUUAUGGAUUGCUGAAGGGUUCAUCAUGGAGCAGCAAGGCCAAUCACUAGAAGACAUAGCAGAAGGGUACUUCUAUGAGCUAAUCCAUCGAAACCUCCUCCAACCAGAUAACAAAUAUUUUGAUCAGGAGAGAUGUAGAAUGCAUGACCUCCUGAGACAGUUUGCUUUAAAUAUAUCAAGAGAAGAAUGUUUUGUUGGAGACGUUGAAACAUUAAGAGGUGAAAAUAUGUCAAAGCUGCGACGUGUUACGGCUGUCACUAAGAAGGAUAUAUUGGUGUUACCUAGAGUCGAUAAGGUGGAAGUUAAGGUGAGGACUUUUCUAAGUGUUCAUGGUGCACAGAGAAUGGAGGAUGCAUUGUUCAAGAGAUUUCUGCUUCUUCGUGUUCUGGUGCUGAAUUACUCACUUGUACAAAGUGUUCCAGAUUGUAUAGGAAAAUUGAUCCAUCUACGUCUACUUGAUCUGAAUUAUACUGGCAUAUCUUGUCUUCCAGAAUCCAUUGGCUCCCUAAGAAACCUUCAAGUAUUGAGCUUGGAUUAUUGUGGUUCUCUGCAUAGUCUUCCUUCAACAAUGACCCAGUUGUGCAGUUUAAGAUGUCUUUCUCUUGAUGGUACAAAAAUAGAUCAGAUUCCAAAAGGGAUAGCAAAACUGAAGUUCCUCAACACUUUACAAGGAUUCCCUGUAGCUGACGGAAGUGAUAAUGUUAAUGUACAAGAUGGAUGCAAGUUGGAAGACUUGUCUUAUGUGUCGCAGAUGAGGGAUCUUGGCCUUGUUAAAUUGGAAAGAGCAGCUCAUUGUGCUACAAAUGCAGUGCUGACAGACAAAAUGCAUCUAAAAAACCUAAGUCUAAGGUGGACUGAACGUGGAGAUGGGCAAUAUUCAGAAGAAGACAUUAGCAAUGCUGAGCGGGUCUUGGAGCAGCUAGUACCUCCAAUUAACUUGGAACACCUGUGGAUUUUUAAUUUCUUUGGCCAGCGGUAUCCCACCUGGUUUGGUACCACCUGUUUGCCUUCACUGGAGCAUUUGGGCCUCGGGAAUGUAAUAUCCUGUGAGGAUAUUCCAUUGAUUGGGCAGCUACCCAACUUGAAAUAUCUGAGAAUUGAUGGAGCAUAUGCAGUUACCAAGGUUGGACCUGAAUUUGUUGGUUGUAGGAAGGGUGAUCCUUUCAAUGAGUUAGUUUCUUUUCCUAGACUCGAAUGUUUGAUCCUCAAGGAUAUGCCCAACUGGGAGGAGUGGUCUUUUUUUGAGGAUCCGGAAGUGGGUGCCCAUUCUGCAAGGUUGCAACUGCUGCCCCGUUUAGUGCUUUUGAAACUCGAUGGUUGCCCGAAGCUGAGGGCUCUCCCGCGGCAGCUUGGAGAGGUCGCUGCCAGCUUGAAGGAGCUUAGAUUAAUUGGAACAAACAACUUGAAGGCCCUGGAGGACUUCCCACUGCUCUCGGUUCUCCUUAUACAGAAUUGUACGAGCCUGGAGUUGAUUUCCAACCUCCCUCGAGUGACAGACAUGUGUGCACAUGGCUGUCCAAACUUAAGCCAUGUAGAGGGGUUGGGUAGUUUGCAGCAGCUGGGGCUGGGCGUGGAUAUGCAAGAGAUCUCUUCCCACUGGCUGCCUCAGCUUCAAAAACAGAACCAGCGAGUUCAUGGCGAAGACCUGGAUGUCUACACGCUGUCUACCAGUUAGAUGGCAAUGAAAGCACAAGUUCACUUCAGUGGGCAAAGCAUGGGACAUGCUAAGUUGAGGAAGCCUGUCAAUGCUGAAGAUGCGGAAAGUAUCCUAUUUUUCUGUGGGCAGGUUCCCUUCAAAUACUGUAUUGCGUUUCAUUUUGCUUAUUUCUAAAUUCGGCCGGAGGCCUUUGUUGUACUAAACCUCUUGUGCACUUUAUUUUCCGACCAGUUCCGUUUUAUUUUCCCUGAACUUGAGGCCACAGGCCUUUGAUGCACUGAACCUGAGAGACACAGUUUGGUUCUUUGAAUGUUAUGGAUGAACUUUAUUUUCGCA